AUGAAGCUUGGUUCCUUUAAGGCGAGCUUCCUGAAACUCAUCUGCUUCACUCGUGUCAAAAGAAUGCUGCAAGGAAAAUCGCUUCGUGUGGCCCAAGUGCUUCUCACAGUUGCACCGGCCUUCAUCUCUUACGGAUACAAUCAAGCGGGAUUGGGACCGCUCGCUACUCUGCAGACAUGGGUACACGUAUUCCCGGAAAUCGACACGAUCAACACCCAAGGUGACAUCAAGGCCGAAAACUCGACCAAAAAGGGCGCAGUCAUCGCCGCUCUUCAGCUCGGGGCGCUCGUGGGCUCCCUCUCGUGCAUUUCCUUUGGGGACCGGCUUGGCCGGCGCAAGACCAUCUUUCUGGCCGCGAUCAUCACCAUUAUCGGCCAGCUGUUGCAGACCUCAUCGUACGGUAUCAUUCAGUUUGCACUGGGCCGGGUGAUUCUGGGCGUCGGGGUUGGGCAGCUGAGCGCGACUGUUCCCGUGUUCCAGGCCGAAUGUAGCUCGGCAAAGCAUCGCGGGCAGCAUGUCGUGGUCGAUGGCAUAUGCAUGACCCUAGGGUUUGUGCUGUGCAACUGGAUCGACUUUGGCUUCAGCAAGACAUCGGGUGAAACUCAAUGGCGCGUCCCACUUGCACUGUCGUUCGUCUUCCCGCUGACUAUCCUGGGGACUGUCUUUUUGCUUCCGGAAUCGCCGCGGUGGCUUGUCCUGGUGGCCCGCCGCGACGAGGCGGCCCACAGCCUGGCAGCUUACAAGGGCCUCGGAGUGGAAGAUGAGGCUGUGCAGACAGAGAUUGCAAGCAUCGAGUCAUCGUUGGAACUCACGGAGCAGUCCAGCCGUCUUACCCUGCGGGAGCUGUGCCUCGGGGAGGAUGAAGAUCGCCUUCUGUACCGGUUCGCACUGUGCAUGACCAUCCAGUUCUUCCAGCAGAUGUGUGGUGGUAAUUUGAUUUCCACCUACAUCUCCACGAUCUUCGAACAGAACCUCAAGCUGGGCAAGGACCUGUCGCGGAUCCUGGCCGCCAGCGCGUUAACAUGGAAGACGCUGUGUAAUCUCAUUCCCUUCUUUGCCAUCGACCGUCUCGGCCGGCGCAAGCUCUUCAUGUUCAGCGGCACUGGCAUGUGCAUGUGCAUGAUGGUGUUGGCCAUCACGACGAGUUUCCACUCCCAUGGAAAAUCAUUGUCCAUCGUCUCUGCUGCGUUCAUCUGGCUCUUCAACUUUUUCUACCCCAUUGGCUUCUCCGGCGCCAACUUCGUGUACUGCACCGAGGUGGCCCCCAUGCGAUUGCGCGUCGCCAUGGCCUCUGCAUCCACUGCUAACAAGUGGUUAUGGAACUUUGUCGUGGUCAUGAUCACCCCCGUCGCGCUCGAUACAAUCGGCUACCGGUACUAUAUUGUCUUUGCGGUGAUCUCGGCUUGCAUACCUGUCGCGGUGUUCUUCUUCUAUCCGGAAACGAUGGGCCGCAACCUGGAGGCCAUGAACCAGGUGUUUCGCGAUGCCCCGUCCGUGUGGCAUAUCGUGGCAAUGGCGAGGAAACUCCCCCAAGGAGAUGUGGCUGGGUUUGAUGUGCAAAGCGGGGAGGAGAAGCUGACUGUGGAGCAGAAGGAGCAUGCUUGA